UCAUAGAGGAGCGAUAUUUGUUAAUUCGUCACCAUACAGGGAUAUACCUGUUCCCUAAAACAUUAUGGAUACAUAUCCUAUAUUUACAUGUAUGUUGCUUUGCUUCUGCAUGUGUUCUACUGCAGGUCAGAGAAUGAGGAUUGGCAAAUGUGUUAUCACAAGAGUUAAGCAAAGUCGACCGAGAAUUGACCGGGAUCACCACUGUAUCACCGUAGGGGUGUACCACGUGUGUCGAGAAUGGCAAUGUCCUCCAGUGUCAUGUUUUGACGACAGAGGCGGGAAAGGAAACUGCAGGGUGUGUCCAGACACGUGCAUUGAUGGAGGCAAUGUGUAUCAGCCGGGACAACGAUUCCUUAGUGUGGACGGAGUUAACAUGUGUUUAUGUGGUAAUGAUAUUAUACCAAAGUGUUCCCGUCGACGCCGGGUCUCAUUUAUAUCAAUGUGUCUUAUGUGACUCAGCAUUCAUGUAUAUAUAGCAUAUAUACUACUAAAAGUAAUGUCUUUGCCUGAAGGUGACAACAAUAUUUGUUUCUCUGGAAUUAAUAAAAUUCUUCUAAGGCGAAUAGGGAUGUUGUGGAGUUCGAACCUAAAACUGACGCAUAAAGCAAUUGAUACACUGUAAGAAUAAAAAAAAAUCAUAGAAUAUAUGUUAUCAAACAUUAAAAUGAUGAGUUUCCGUUGUUAGAGAGUUCUAUGUUACUGCCAUUUAAAAAUAAAAAACAAUAAAGAAGGAUGCACAAGAGUGAUAUAAUUGCCAACUCACUGGUAGAAUAUGACUUUUAAACAUCAAGUUAAAGAUUAUCUAUGGUGAUAAAAAUAACAACAUAGAAAUAUGUAGAUGUCAAUUUAUUAAGCAGCGUAUAUCGAUAAAUGCAAACCUUUGGAACAAUAACAAAAAUGGCAGAAAUAGGAAACGGAAGUUUUCGGAGCUUUAAAAGUGUAUGGAUAAACGACCUUUCUGGACUAAAGCUGUUCCGUUGGUUACUUUUUCCUUGUACAUAUGUUAUACUGUUGUUUAUACAUGUAUUAAGUAAUAAAAAACCUAUCUAAAACCG